GCCCCUGGUUUUCAGUUUUGCUUCCCCAAACCACUCUCUCUCUCUCUCUCUCUCUCUCUCUUUCCUUUGCAUUCAUUCCUCUGCCUCUUCUAUAUCAGCACGUCAAUACAAACACAACAUCAAUAUCAUUUCAUUCUUUUCUCUCACUUUGUGCCAAUGCUUGUUUUCACUCUUUUACGCUCUCCAUUUCUCCCUUCUACCCGUGUUAAUUGUUAAACCCUCUUAGAAUCUCAUUAUUAUUUAUUAUCCCCCUUUAUAAACCUUCCCCUGUUUUCCUCUGUUCUGCGUCCUCUGGGGGUUCCUCUUUCCUGCAUUUUUCACACUUCUCUUCCAUACCCGUUUGCCAUAAUUCCAUUGUCUCCUCAUAUUAGAACCGUUUGUCUUGGAAAGUUCUCCCUUUUUCUUCUGGGGUGUGAGUGUUCUGCAUUCCAAUAGUGUUCAUUUUCUGGGUUUGUUAAGGGUGGAUUGCUUAAAUGGGGAUUGGGAGGAACUUGGCUGAUAGGAAAGGGAGGGGGUUUCGUGAAUUGUCUGAAGAGACGAACACAAACAACAAAUCUAGGAAGAAUCGGCGAUAUCGUCAGAGGAAGAUGUCACCUGGCCCGAGACUGUUUCAAACUUGCAAUCAAGUGUUUGCCUCUACUGGCCCUGGGCUUAUCCCUUCCCCUCAACACAUUGAAAUGCUUCGCUCUGUUUUAGGUGCAAUAAAACCAGAAGACAUUGGCUUGAAGCCUGAAAUGCCAUAUUUCAGUACAAACAAUCCUCGAAGAACUCCAAAAAUCACAUACCUGCACAUUUAUGAGUGUGAAAAAUUCUCGAUGGGAAUAUUUUGCUUGCCACCUUCUGGAGUUAUUCCUCUUCACAAUCACCCUGGAAUGACGGUGUUCAGUAAGCUUCUUUUUGGAACUAUGCACAUCAAAUCUUAUGAUUGGGUUGUUGACUUGCCUCCUGACAUGCCUACUGUUAUCAAACCAUCACAAACCCAGACUCCUGAAAUGCAGUUAGCUAAGGUUAAGGUUGAUGCUGAUUUCAAGGCUCCUUGUGACCCCUCCAUCCUUUAUCCUACUGAGGGGGGUAACAUGCAUUGCUUCACCGCAGUGACAGCUUGUGCAGUUCUCGAUGUGCUUGGUCCUCCGUACUCUGAUCCUGAUGGCAGGCACUGCACAUACUACCAUAAUGUCCCUUUUUCCAAAUUUUCAGGUGAUGGAAUAUCCAUUCCAGAAGAGGAAAGACCUGCUUAUGAGUGGCUUCAAGAGAGGGAGAAACCUGAAAAUUUUCAAGUAGUUGUAAAAAUGUACAGCGGCCCAAAGAUUGUGGAGAACUAAUGUUGUCUCCUCACCCAACAUCUUCAUGUUCCUGUGGUCCGUUGCUGAGGUCAAAUGUUACUGUAGACUAUUGUCUAUCAAUCUAUUAUCCCUUUGAUGCCACCCCUUUUGUCCUCGAGUGAAGCACUUGGUGCUGUUUUUUGGCCUACAGUUAUCAUGUACAUACCCAAAACAGGAAAGGUCAAGAGUGAUGCUUGCACCGGAAAAUGAUACCAAAAUGAAGGUGCUUCGCAUUGAGCUGAUUAUCUAACACUGGUGCUUCUGCUUGUAGAGGGAUUAGUCAUUUCUUUUAAUUUACCUAAUUUAAAGCCAAAAAAAGUCACAUUUGGUGAAUUGGGCUAGUGUACUGUAGCAUGUUUUAAAAACCAUACCAGUUAUUGAAUAAUGUGAAAACACUAGCUUUUGAUUUCUAGUUUAAUUGUUUAAUAAAUCGGUUUAAUUAUGAUUUCUGGUUUUGUUGUGGGUUAACAACAAAUGUACCUUUUAAAAUAUACAUAUAUCUAAAAUACUAAAAUGAAAUAAAAUAACAUUUGGAUUUACUU